CCGUCGCUGUGGUUUCUAGUUGUCGAGCUUUGGAUCUCAGUUGCUUUUAAAGUUGUGCAUUCUAGUCGCACCUGGAUAUUAUCUACGAUGGGGAGCAAGAGGAGGGGUAUCUUGGAUCGACUAAAUGCUGGGGAGGUGGUUGUAGGAGACGGAGGUUAUGUGAUGCAGCUAGAGCGACGUGGCUAUGUGAAGGCUGGACACUGGACACCUGAGGCAGCUGUUGAACAUCCUGAAGCAGUGCGGCAGCUGCACAGGGAGUUCCUGAGAGCAGGAGCCAAUGUGAUCCAGACAUUCACCUUCUACUGCAGUGAGGAUAAACUGGAGAUCAGUGGCAAUGUCUCCAACAUCUUCGGGGCUCAGAUCAAUGAGGCAGCUUGUGACCUGGCCAGGGAGGUAGCCAAUGAGGGGGAUGCAUUGGUUGCUGGGGGCGUGUCUCAGACUCCAUGUUAUGUGGAGAGUCACAGUGAGACUGAAGUCAAGGCCAUCUUUAAGAAACAGAUGGACGACUUCCUCAAGAAGGAUAUUGAUUUCUUUAUUGCAGAGUACUUUGAACAUGUGGAAGAAGCAGUGUGGGCAGUGGAGGUGCUGAAGACCAGCAGUAAACCAGUGGGUGCAACACUGUGCAUCUCCCCCCAAGGAGACAUGAACGGAGUCCCACCUGGAGAGUGUGCUGUCCGACUGGUCAGAGCCGGAGCUGACAUUGUUGGAAUAAAUUGCCACUUGGACCCUCUGACAUGCAUUCGUACAGUGAAGUUGAUGAAAGCGGGAUUAGAGAACGCUGGUCUCAAAGCUCAUCUCAUGAUCCAGCCUCUGGGCUUUCACACACCUGAGUGCAACCACACUGGAUAUCUCUCGUUACCCGAGUUCCCAUUCGCAUUGGAGACCAGAGCAAUGACCCGCUGGGACGUCCAUCAAUAUGCAAGAGAGGCUUACGAUGCUGGAAUUCGCUACAUUGGUGGCUGCUGUGGAUUUGAGCCCUACCAUAUCAGAGCGAUAGCAGAAGAGGUGUCUGCAGAGAGAGGAUUCCUCCCACCAGCUUCAGAGAAGCAUGGACUCUGGGGAGCUGCCCUGGGGAUGCACACUAAACCCUGGGUCAGAGCCAGGGCUCAUCGAGAGUAUUGGGAGAAGCUUUUACCUGCUUCUGGACGUCCCAAAUGCCCUUCCAUGGCCACAACAGCUGAAUAAGGAUCAUCAAAAGCAGGAAUAAAACAUU